UGCUGUGAGCUAAUGGAAUAACCUAGGUAACGACAGGUUGUUUUCCCCACCGCGUGACUUCGAUCUAAUAGGUUAGUGAGUAAUUGCGGGCGUGGUAGCAUGCCUACAUUUCUACGGUGAUACUAGAACAUAAACGAAACAGUCAUUCCGCUAUCGGCAAUACCAGUCGCCAUAUGUACAAAAUUAGGGUACUGUAAUUGAUUGGUGUCAAGAAUAUCAACCAUCUUUAAUCCCACCCUUGACAGAACAAUUUUUAGGAAUUGCAUGUGGAAUCGUGUCUAGUCGAAUACAGUGUUUCGAAUUGCGGCAACAAAAAUGGCACCAAAUUUACCUGUACAUUUAUGCAUCUUUUUGGUCAUCUCAUGUGUGGACUCCUGCUUUAUCCCUGUCUCCAUACAAGCAACAGUACCUCAGACAGUACAAGUUGGACAUGUUAUUUCAAAAGUUGAUGUGGACCAAUGUGACACCAUCACAUUGCACUUUACAACUAGUGACCCCGACUUCACAGUACGACCUGAUGGCACUAUAGUAACCGUCGCCAUCACCAUGGUACCAGCCAAUGGCAGGACAUUCUCAGUGCAGUUUCAGGACCUCGAUGGUCAGAAGAGAGAAAUGGAUGUUUACCUUGUCCAGAACUCUAGAAAGGUAUUGAAAGAUGGCCUACUAAAGCGCUCCAAAAGACGUUGGAGUCCUCUGCCCUUCAACAUCAUAGAAAAUGACGCACCGCCAUUUCCAAAGGACGUUGAGCUGAUUGCAUCUGAUUCGUCGGCCACUCGCAGAGUGUACUACACCAUCAGUGGGCCUGGUGUGACAGAGGAGCCUGUGGGUGUGUUCAGUGUGGUGAUGGACACUGGGAUGUUGCAGGUCAACAAAGCUGUCGACCGCGAGAGAACCCCUCAGUUUGUAUUUCAAGCAAGAGUGUUUGACAGAUACACCAACCAGGAGACAGAUCUACCAUUACCCAUCACAGUGAAUGUAGUGGAUGUGAAUGACAAUGCGCCAACUUUCACUGGCCUAAUGCAGUUUCAUGUGCUGGAGCAAAGCAAAGCAGGGACGAUGGUGGGGAUGGUGAAUGCCACAGACAUAGACGAGCGUGGUACCGACCACACUAAGAUCAGGUACUCCCUCCUCUCUGGGACCGACCUGUUCUACAUCAACCCAGAGACAGGAGUCAUCAGCACCAAAACAGACACCCUCGACAGAGAGGUGAAUGAGAAAUAUGUUGUGACAGUGGAAAUCAAAGACAUGAAUGGAGCUCUGAAUGGUCUAGUCAGCACAGCCCCAGCCACCAUUGUGUUGGGGGAUAUCAACGACAACCCUCCCACAUUCACAAAGACAUCUUACGAUGUAAAAGUUAAAGAGAACCAAGUAGAGGGACUCCUCCUCAGAAUCCCCAUUGAAGAUAAGGACUUGGUGAAGACACCAAACUGGAACACUGAGUUUGUCAUCAAAAAGGGGAAUGAAAAGGGGAACUUCAGGAUCGAAAGAGACCCCAAAACAAAUGAAGGACUCAUUUAUCUAACAAAGCCUCUAGACUACGAGAAGACCAAGAACUUAAAGCUGGAGGUGUUGGCCCGUAACCAGGCUGAGCUGAGUGGGACCAAGGCCCAGUGGGUGUCCAUCCCUGUAGACAUCUCUGUAGUGGACGAAGACGAGGGACCAGAGUUCACCGCCCCCACCGUACUCUUCACUGUCCAGGAGAACACUCCUAAUGACACCCUGAUUGGGACCUACAUAGCCGUAGACCCAGAGACCAAGAGCAGUGCCGGCAUCAAGUAUUACAAGGUCUCGGACCCUGCUUCAUGGAUCAAGGUAGAUGAAAGCACCGGACAGCUGAAGAUCGCCAACACUAUCGACAGGGAGUCCCACUUUGUAACGAAUGGCGUGUACAACGUCAGUAUGAAAGCUAUUGAUGCCAGUCUCAAGACAGGUACAGGGACAGUGAUUAUUCAAGUGGAGGAUGUGAAUGACCACGUCCCAGACAUCCCCUUUAAAGACCUGGUGAUGUGUGAGAAGGAUGGGGGAGAGAUGGGCUCUGUGCUGGUGAUAGCAGAGGACAAGGACCAAGCUCCAUUCUCUGCCCCCUUCAGCUUUGAACUGGGAGAGGAGCAUGAUGGGAGAUGGGCUGUGAAGCGACUUAAUAACACUGCGGUGAUGUUGGAGCACACCAAGGAGCUUCCUACUGGUGUGUAUACUGUCCCCCUGAUGGUCAAGGACCUACAGGGAUUUGGAAAGACCCAGACUGUAACGGUCCGGAUCUGCCGCUGCAGGAACGGAGCAUGUUUGGCCUACCAGAACUCCACAUCGCUGGGUGUGUGGGCCAUCCUGGCCAUGCUGCUGGCACUGGGCCUGCUACUUCUACUCUGUAUCCUCUUUGCAUUCAUCUGUGUUACAAAUAAUGAGAAAAUGGAGCUGGAGGAUAUGGGCGACAGCGGCGGUAUCCUCCUGAAGUCUAACAUUGAGGCCCCAGGGGAUGCAGUGGAUUCAAAUCUCAUCAUCGUUCCUGCAUCUGGGAUCGAUCCAUCAGUGAAGGGAUCCAUGAUUGACGUAGGGUGGGUGGGAGCUAAGAACUCGGGUAUGAUUGGAGGAGGCCUGGGUGCUCAACAGAACCUGCUACAGCAGUCUGGCGGCGUCAUAUUGACCAAUAUGGAGAAUGGCUACCCUGGCCAAUACGAAGGCAGCCAAUACGGUGGACAAUAUGGCAGUGGACAAUGUGGUGGAGGUCAAUAUGGUGGUGGAAACAUGACUUUUGACAACACCCGUUUCAUGAAAUUCAACAACUCUGCAGCCUGGCACUUCUGGCAAACCAACGGGCUGUUUUUACAACAGAAGUUGGCUUACCUAGGGACGGGGGAGGAGGGGCGAUAUGCCGAUGACAUCAUCCACACGUACGGCUUCGAGGGGGUGGGGUCUCCAGCCGGCUCGGUGGGCUGCUGCAGUGACCAAGGCAACCAGGAAAACCUGGACUUCCUAAACACACUGGGGCCAAAGUUCAAGACAUUAGCUGAGGUCUGUAACAAGAAAUGAACCAAGAGAAUGUAAGGCAAUAUGUUUUUUUUUACUGUAAGUGUACUAUUUUUCUGAUAAUUACCAAGAAUUUAAGGAAUCUAUAAAGAGGGUUGCCAUGCUAUCUUUCAGAGUAAUCACACUGAAUUGCUUUAACUGUUUGUUGGUUAGAGCCAUUUUGCACUGGAAAGUACUAUGUAUUUACUUGCACAGCUAAUUCUCCAGUGUUGAAUCAACUCUGAGAUUGUUAAAUGUAACACUUUUUCAGAGUCUAUACAGGUCCACGCUUUUCAGUGAAAUUAACAUUUUAUUAGAGCUGAUGCUGUUACUCGUUCUCAGUGUAAGGAAAUGAACACCUGGAGUGUUAAGGUAACUCGUAUUUGGGGUAUAGUGUAAAGCCUUAUUUGCAUAUUUCCCAGUGUGCCUUUUCGAGUGAAUUGUUAGUGACAAAGACAUGGUUGUUGCAUUCGUUCAUUUUCAGUCCUGUGACCUUCACCAAAUUAAAAUUAAACAAUACAUUUUCGUAUAUCACAAGGUCUUACUAACAGAGUGGCCUGGAACUCCUGGUUUAAAGGCCACAUCAAGCUUGCAUUCACAUUAUGCUGGCUUGCAAGGUAAUAUCAUUCCUAUUGGAAUCUAGCCAGAGUGUGGAUAUCCAAGCGUUAAAAUGUUUGAUCACCUGCAUUCAGAAUGACUGUAAGGGUUUGGAAAGUUGAUAGAUGAGACUACCUGAAACAACCAUUGCAGUAACAGGUAUAAUAAAUCUAACUAACAGAUUGAGUUAGUUUAGAAAAAGUAAUGUUAUUUAUCUUUGAGUAGCAUAAGAUUAAUUGAUCAAUCAAUGUACAUGUAAAAACACAGAUAUUGAAAAAAAUUACCUGCAAUAGAGCUUGCUGGGAAAUAUGAUAAUGAUGGGCGUGGUUUUAAGUGUUUUACUCUACACAGAAUAAAAUGACGUAAUCACACUCAAAUCUGGUUAUUAUCACCAACACUGGAGUUCUUUUACACUACUGAGUGUUCAUUUAAAUCCUGAACCAACACUAGAAAUGUUCCACAAAAAAAUUAUCACUAGGUAACACUGACCAAUUUGCUGUGUGUAAAUAGUGCACAUUAUGUGAUUUUCUCUGUUUCUUUUGUCAUUGGUCAUGUUCUUUUAUUUGUCUUAUGGUAAAUCCCCAUGAAGUUUAGUAUUGUAGAAUCAACUGUUUGUUCAUGUGAUGCUAUAAAAACAGGUGCCUUGAAGAAUA